GAAAAACUGUUGGUAGAGCUGUUCGCCCAAUGCGGUGAACUGCUGCGUUAAAAAGAAACGCACAGCUCACUUUAUUUUUGGGCGAGUUACUCUCCUUUUUGGGCGAGCAACUCUCCUUUUUGAUAGAGCUGCUGACCUUUUUGUCAAGCAGCCGCUCGCCAACGCCAUUGGUAGUCAAGUUUAGGAGAGCAACUCGCCUAAUUUUGAUAGAGCUGUGAGUUUAAAGUUAAGUAGCGCUGCACAACAGUCAAUAGCGGAACUGCUCUACCAACAGUUUUUCAGUGUAGUUUUCCAUGCGAUGAAGGGAGAAAGAAAAUAUUACCUGGGUUCUCGGAGUUAAUCCUCAUUUACAAAGGCUACUAGUAAGUAAGUUCAAUUCACACGUGUCAUCAUAUCGCAAAUAUUUUAAAAUUAUUUUUAAUGACACAAAAUUAGUAUAAACUAUUAUAAAUAACAGUUUAUUUGUAAAAAGUAACUGUUAUAAUGAUAAUAAUAUUGUUCGUUGAGUCACGUUUUUAAGAACAUGUUGAAAAAUACUUGUAGAGAACUUUACAAAACAGGUGGUCAUUAGUACACUCAAUGUGCAAUUCUUGUCUACUUCCUGGUAUGCUUAGAUGUUUAUCAAAUAUAACUAUUUCAUUUACUAAAGAAAACUUAUGCAAACCAAAUGUUAUCAUAAUAUUAAAAUUGACACUUUUAAGACAAAAUGAAAUAAUAAAGGAGAUAAGAAAAUGAAGAAUUGUUGUACAUCUAGGAUAAGGCAGUAUUUCAAUAAAAACGACAACAAGGAAUUAAAGAGCGAUGGAAGUCACUCCAAACAAUAUAUGGCAGCAAUUUGUGCUUGCAUCACGAUAGCGGUAUGUGGAGGUGGUCAAUCAUGGUCAUCACCAGCGAUACCAUAUCUAACAAGCAAAAAUUCUCCAUUUCUGGUAACGGAUUACCAAGUCACAUGGAUCAGUUCACUGUACAAUGUUGGUGAUCUUAUUGGAGUUCUCCUGAAUCCACUUUUUAUCGAUCGAAUCGGACGUAAGAACACCUUACUACUUUCUGCACUACCAGGACUAAUAGGAUGGUGUCUAAUUAUCUUUGCCAAAAACUACAUACACCUCUACAUAGCACGACUCUUAACCGGUAUUUCUCAAGGAAGUACCCUCAAUUGUCUAGUGAUAUAUUUGACAGAAAUUUCCGAAAAAAACAUCAGAGGGAGACUAGUGAAUAUAUUGCAUCUAUCGCUCUCAUUUGGUGUCUUUGUAUUUUCAGCUAUUUCAGCAUUUACAUCCUAUUACAUACUCAACAUAUCCGCAGCCUUGCUGAUGCUACUCUUCCUGUUUGUAUUCCCAUUAUCACCGGAAACACCCUACUACUAUCUUUUACAACAAAAAAAAGACGAUGCCACAAAAUGUAUGAUGAGAUUAAGAGGGUUCAAUUCAUCAGAGAAAGUAGAAAACGAAAUAAGAGAAAUGAUUCUAGCAAUAGAAGAGGAUAGAAAAAAUACAAAAAGAUUUGCUGUUUGGGAAUUAUUCAGCAAGAGUUAUAAUCGAAAAGCAGUAUUAAUAAUGUUUUUCAUGAAAAUGACACAAAUUAUGUCAGGUGUUAAUCCUCUUACUUACAAUGCUGAAGAAAUUCUCAGUCAUAAUAAUCUGCCAAUUAAACCUGGAGUUCAGGUGGUUAUGUGGCAUGGUAUAGCAUUACCAGCGUCACUAAUUACCGGUUGGAUCUUAGACAAAUUUGAAAGAAAGAUUAUUUUUCUAUCCUCGGGAGUUUUUACAACACUUUGUUUGAUAGCACUUGGCAUCUAUUUUUUUAUAACAGAUUAUCUUCACAAAGAUACAUCGUCUUAUGGAUGGUUACCACUUGUGGCAUUAAUUGUAUUUCAAAUGUCCUACACAUUUGGCAUUGGCAGCAUUCCUUAUAUUAUUCAAGGGGAACUUUUUCCCAUUCAGGUAAAAGGGAGCGCAGUUUGCUUGGGUAGAAUUAUCACUGAUGUAUUUGCAUUCGCCACUACUGCUGGAUAUCAUCCAAUGAGUAAUGCUUACGGGGCAUAUACAACACUUUGGUUUUUUGCAUUGGUUACACUUUUUGGAUCAUUGGUUUCAUUUUGGAUUGCAAUUGACACUUUGCGAAAGAGUUUAGAGGAAAUACAAGCGUUACAGAAUCCGGAGUUGGGGAGGAAACUGGAAUUAGAACGUCAAAAUACUUUAUCCAGAAGACGCUGAAGAUAGUCUCAUUUCUACAAACUGCAUUGGCAACCACUUGCCUUAUUAAUUUCUUUAAAAUAUAAUUUAUGUUAUUUUCUUUCUUUAUUUUGAAUAAAUGUGAUUAUUUCUGUUGUUAA